CUCGACUCAUUGGCUUUUCGUAUUCUUGUACCUUGACCUAACGGCCUUCGCGUCUUCGCAAUGUCCGAAAGCUCAGUUUCGGUGCGCCACGGCGCUGCUGAAGCUGAUGGCCAUCGCCACAUGCUGAGUCCUCGUUGCACAUGAGCAACUUGCUGCGGAGUCAAAGGUUCGUGAAGAAACUCCAAAGAAGCAACAUGGCCAGGACAGGCAAGGCUCUCGUGCCAGAGGUUGACCUUGCCGACGGGAGAAGACGUAUCUGACAAAGGGAGAACUCGCGGAUACGAUACGAGGCAAGUCUCUCUCAACAACUAUAUGAAGCCAUCAGCUACUUCGUCAAGAUGUGCACCACAGCUCAUCACCGUACUGCCUCCAAAGCCACAUUCAAACAAAGAUAAAGCCUAGUAAAGCUGUAAGGAUGUCCACCGCUACCCUCCCAAGCACGAUGCGAGCCCUUCUCCAUGACCAAUCGGACCAAACACUUUCGCUGGCCUCGACACCCCUUCCCAAGCCCUCAGCAACUCAAUACCUCAUCCAAAUACACGCCGUAGGCCUCACGAAUGGCGAACUCCUGUGGCCGCGCCCAAACGACCUUACCGUCUCCACGCCCGGCGUCGAAUUUGCGGCGCGUGUGGUGACUUCUCCCUCAUCCUCGUCCAAAUUCCAACCAGGAGAUGAAGUCUACGGUCGCGUCACUUACCCUCAGCGUGGCGGUGCGAGGGAAUACUCCGUGUCGGACGAUGAGGAACUCGCCCUACGUCCGAAAACAAUGUCCGUCGCCGAAGCUGCCGCUAUGCCGGUGAGUGCGUUGACGGCGUGGCAGGCGCUGUUUGAACUAUUCGGACUUCCGACACCCACUGAGACGACAGCCAAACCCGGCCUUCGCAUUCUCAUUACAGCAGCGUCAGGCAGUGUCGGCAUAUGGGCGGUCCAGCUCGCCAAACUCACUGGCGCAUAUGUGGUCGGCACGUGCGGCACGGCCAACAUCGACUUCGUCCGCAGCCUGGGCGCGGAUGAAGUGCUUGACUACAAGACGACCAAUAUCAGCACCUGGGCUGAAGAAGAUCCCUCGCGCAAGGUCGAUCUGGUCUUUGACUGCGCGGGCGGUGCGUCUCUUGAGCAAGCGUGGCAUGCUGUCAAGGACCGCGGCCAGGUUCUUACGAUCGUCCCGCCCGCGGAUAUGCAGUGGAAAUUCGUGCUGGAUCGGCCAGAAGGGGUCAGCGAGUCGGUAUCGGGGCGGUUCUUCGUCAUGCAUCCUUCUGGCGAGCAGUUGAGUCAAGUCACCGAGUUGGCAGAUCAAGGGAAAGUAAAGUCUGUGGUGGAUAGUGUUUGGAAGCUGGAUGAAUACGACCAGGCUUUUGAACGCUUUAAAUCAGGCAAAGCGCGGGGAAAGGUUGUGAUCAAGGUCGGUAACGAGGAUUAGAAGGUCGGCACGUUGGGCAAGGUGAGCAAAAUGUACGGAAUAUGUAUAUUUUAGACCAUGUAUAUAGACCGAAUGACCACUCCGAGACCACCGCCAGCUAUGAUAAAGGCGAAAAUGACACGCUCACAAAAUAUACGUGAAGAUAGCGUCUAUUCGUAAAAGAUC